UGCGGAUCUUCCUUGCACUUGGUAGCGUGUAGCGGUGUCACGUGAUCCCACAAAGUUACUUUACGGAAGUGAAUUGUGUGCUGGAGCGGUGUGUACAUGUAACCUAUUAACUAUUUUCAAGCUUUUACUUUGAUUUAGGUUUUUGGACUCGUUUUAAAUCUGUCUUUGUCUCAGCGGAGGAAUUAUGUGGAGUGUCGGCUUCUCUGAUAGACAGUAGGCAUGAAGUGUCUUCUGGUUGCCACAGAAAGUGCUGAGGUCCUUUUCUACUGGACUGACCAAGAGUUUGAGCAGAACAUUAAGAAGCAGUAUGGGAUGUCGCAAGAGGAGAGCGGAAGACCGCCAGCCUUUGCGGAUAGUAUCAACACAUUGUUUGCCCCAAUCAUCAUCUCCUGUAGCACUAUGAUCGACCGACUUGGGGACGGCUACAUGUCUUUCAGUACGGAAAAUGGUCACAUUUAUGCACUACAUCAGUUUGAAGAAUGUCUAUAUAUUGCUGUGAAUGGGGACGGUGAGGAGACUUAUGAGGAUCUAAAGAGGAAGAUCUUUGUCAUGAAGAAGUUCACAGAGAUCCUUUUUGGCAUGGUUACACUCAGCAGCUCCCUCUUAAAGAAAGAAUUGCGGCCUCCAGACACAGAGCAGAGAAUCCGUAUAUGGAAGAAGCUACAGAGACUCCUUGAAACGUACAGCCGCUUACGAGAGCAGGACCAAAGUUUUCUAGUCGAGGCAGUUGAGAGGCUGAUCCACCCCACGCUGUGUGAGCAGUGCAUUGAGUUUUUGGAGCGGAGACUGGUGCAGCAAAUGAACAGCAGUGGCGAGAGAGCAGGAGAAGAGGUGCUGCAUGCCUUCAUCCUGGUGCACACCAAAUUAUUAGCUUUCUACUCAAGUCGUAAUGCCAGCACUCUUAGCUCUUCUGACCUGCUGGCACUGAUCAUUAUUGUACAGGAUCUUUAUCCCAGCAACCUUGAGCUUGAUGAAACUCCUUCUGAGGAGGUGGACAGUAUUUCAGCUCCUGACAUCUUCUAUACUCCAGAGCCUUCUCCUAUCGAGCGAGACUCAGGUCACCUGAGUAGUGACAGUCCUCCUGUCUUCCAGUUUGUGGAUCCUGAUGUUCAGAUGGCUGAAGACAGUCUACAGACUCUUCAGCUACCAGUCUCUGACCCCAUGACUCCAACCAGAGUAUUCCUGGAAGCAACAUUUAAGGAGGGCUUCUUUCCCAUGAUGCCCCACUCCAUGUACUGUUUACCUCUGUGGCCUGGCAUUACUCUAGUGCUUCUGACCAAGAUUCCUAACAGCCAGGUGGCCAUGUCAGUCUAUCAGUUACUGGAGGCCUUUACUAAGCUGGAAAAGAGGCUGAGUGAAGGGUUAGAGGGGACAGCAGCUUUGCGCAGUCAAUCCCCAAUCCAGGAACUCCGUAUCAGAGUGGACAGGUUCAUCAGAAUGCUGGCCAGCAUGGACAUCCUGACCUCACAACUUCAAAACACCUGGUCAGAGUUCAAGAACAAGGCUUUCACUCGGUCAGGACCUGGCAUCACAAAAGCGUUGGUGCCUUCAUGUCGUAGCAUUAAGACUCAGCUGUGCGGUGUGUACCAGCAGUGUUUUGCAGCUGCGUGUAUGGGGACUAAUCAGUGUCUCUCCACUACGCUUCAAGAACGGGCGCUGAACAUGGUGCAAGAAAAGCUUAUAGACUGGAAGGACUUUCUGUUGGUGAAGAGCAAGAGAAAUAUAACCAUGGUGUCAUACCUGGAGGAAUUCCCUGGUCUUGUGCAUUUCAUUUAUGUGGAUCGCACUGCAGGACAAAUGAUUGCGCCAUCUCUCAGUGUGACCGAGGGCUCUGCUUCAGAGCUGGGAAAAGGCCCCAUAGCACACUUUAUUAAAAACAAGCUGUGGAGUCUUGUGGCAACAACAAGGCAUUAUUUGCAGAAAGGCUAUACUACUGUGACUCUACGAGAUGGAGACUUCUACUUCUGCUACUUCUUAUGGUUUGAGAAUGAAACGGGUUACAAGCUAGAGGUGGUAGAUAUUCCUAACCUUCCUGAUGACUCAGCUCCUAUAGGAAUGCUUGCCUGGGAUUAUUACAGGAAGCUGCUGCGCUACUACAGUAAAAGUCACCAGAAUGAGCUGGUAAAGUGCUAUGAGCUGCUGACCGUGCACCUCGGCGUUGUCCCCACUGAGUACAUCCUGCAGCAUUGCAGCCAGCUGGCCCGCAAGCUAUGGGAGCCAUCACGCAUUCCGCUCUUAUGAACACCUCUGAGUGCUUCCUGUGUGCAUGCGAGAGCUUAUUGAGGCCAUCUUUAUUCCACAGCUGCUGGAAUGCUCUGCCCUGAGCCACUGAGCAUUCUUCCGUGCAAUAAUCUCUCUCUGCUGUGUCCAUUCCCGAAAAAGGAUUCUUGUUCCUGCACUGCUUUGAGACAAUAAUGAUUAGGUUGUAUGGAAAAAUGCGUCUUGAUGUUGAUUGGUCAAGAUCAAGCCUCUUUCCAGAUUAUUGCACUGAAGCUUUCUAAACAGGAAAUGUAGUAUGAUGAUGUUACUUUGCUAGUGUUGGAACAAUACUUAACCCAUUGCGUGCCUUUUUUACCAUUUGUCAUUUAGGAUAAUAUUGUGCGAGUAAGCACUCAAAAACGUUGUUGUGAAUGUUUAUUGAAAAACCAUCUCAUAAUAACAUCUGCUGUCAUACUGUAGCCUUUGCGUAGUUUCUAAUAAUAUGUGUAUGUUGCUUUAAAUAACGAUCUGUUCAUAUCUGGUUACUGGUUAAAACUUUUGACCUCAUAUAUAAAGUCCAGGAUUUUCACAUUCUUUUCACAAACAUGAUAAAUUUUGUUUUGAAAAUGAAGAAAUGACUAUACUGCUUUGAGUACUUCAUUAUAUCAUGCUAUAUAAAUAUGUUCACCUUUUCCAA